GGCUGGUUGUCUAGUGUGGGACCAUUGCUGUUCAUCGUCCUGCCAACUCUCUCCCAGCUCCGAUAUCUACUCAGCAAUUCAUCUCCCUCUACUGGUACCAUCGAAGCGACAAUUCAAUUCAACAUAAGGUACCGAUCUAUGGCUGCACCAAACCUUAAGAUAAUCGGCGAGGGAUUCGCCUACAAACCCCUCGCGAAACCCCACGCUGCCACGGAGACAUCUCCCGCUUUGACCAAGGAAGCCGAAUCCCGCGGGCAGCCACCAGUCGCCGACGUCGCCACCGCCUCCAAAACUAACACCCAACCGCAGCCCGCUCACGAUUCGAAGCGUGCGCACUCCUCCAUCUCCGACGAUGACGAGGACCUCGUCUUCGAGUGGGACUGCAACCAGGUGCGUCGCAAGAUCAACACCUUCCUGGAAGCCGGGGAGAUGAAGGUUAAGGAGUUCCAAGACGCAAUCGGAGUGGGCAGCGGGUCGUACGCGCGGUUUAUGGCGCAGCAUGGACGCUGGGACGGCAUGGGCAACAACACGAUGGCGGGGGCGUACAAGUUCUUCAAGAAGCGCGAGGCGCAGGGUAUCGCCAUGCCCAAGAAGCGGAAGUCUACGGACGCGGCGAUCUUCGACGUUUCGGAUGUGCAUCUCGAGGGCGAGGAGGAGGAUGCAGUUCAAAUCUACGACAGCUGUGAUGAGGUUCGACGGAAGAUCUCGGCGCAUCUCAGGAAACCCGGGGUUACGCAGGCGUCGUUUUUGAAGACUCUCGCGGCGCAGUUUCGUUCCAUCGAAGUGAAGCUGCAGUCGAAACAACUGAAUGACUUCCGUGGCAAGCACGGUGCGGAUGCGGGGAACACCAGCAGGGUGUUUUAUGCGGCUUAUGUAUUCUUCGAGAAGUUGCGCAUCAAGGAGAAGAAGCCGAAGGGAAAGCAUCGGGUUGAGAUGGAGCGGGUGUGGGGGAAGUCUGGAGGUUUCGAUACGACGCAUGUCGGCGGUGGUAGAGGAUGGGUCGCUUGCAUGAAAGGCGAAACCCCCUUGAUGGACCAAUACGGCAAAAUUACGUUUAGUGGGGUCCCACGGAAAGGUUAGCACGUGGGCGCGCAUCUUGCCGGCGCGACGAUAGUUACGGGGAAAUGGGACUGUGUGAAUCGUCUUGAAUCGGUUUUUUUUAUACUUCUUCAUCGUAGUCACUGUCUUUAAUUCAUCUUUUCGUCACCGACAUUCUGCUCUUCGUGCAUCAGGUCUACUCAUCAAUCUUGAAUCUAGACAUAGGCAUCAGAAUCUCCAAGGGCC